AUGAAGUUUAAUAACUUUUAUCGUUUAUGUUCUAAAACACCCAUUCUGUUAUGUACUUUGAUAAGAUCAACAGAUUAUCUUACAGGACACAAUAUUACGUACAAAAAUAAGGACACUUUUACUGAUGAGCCUCUAAAAAAUCCAUUAAAAUUAAACAUUUUACCAACAUGUUACAGUAGGUCUAUAUUUGUUGCAAAUACAAUAAUAUUUCAGAUAGGUAAUGCAAUUAUAAAUAUCGGCACACUAUUUAUUUUAUCAAUCAUAUUAUACAGUAUUAGACAAAAAUUCACAGCUAUUGGAAGAGAUGAGUAUAUGUAUCUAUUUCAACUAAUUAUUUGUUUUAUUUUGCUAAGCCUAAUAGCUGAUUGCGGCGUUGCCCCACCAAAUUCUAUAUCAUAUUCCUAUAUUGUAGCAAUCCAAGUUGCAUUUGCUGGUGCUUCAUGUUGGGCACUAACCGUCAGUGGUUUGUUAAAUUUUAGAUUUUGGGAAGAUGGUACUCGUAAAAGUAUGUUUAUAAUCAGAGGCAUAUCAUUUAUAGGGUUUAGUUUGAACUUGUUUGCGUGUCUAGCAAUUUCAUUGAAAUGGUUUACAGAUAGUAGUAGUAAUAAUAAUAAUAGUGUUGGCGAUGGCAACCAUAACAACGAGCAUGCCAUUAUAUUAAUGACUGUAAUAUUUGUAUCAAAUGCUCUCUGUAUACUGAUUUUUAUAGCCUCUCAAUUUUUGGCUUCUAUAUUUGUGUCAAAAAAUUAUUGGGGAUUUGGUGUUGUUUGUAUAAAUGUAUUGUUUUUUGUUACAGGGCUAAUAGUUACCUUUGGAAUUAGUGAUAUAGUAUGUGAAAAGACAAAACAUUAUUUGGAUGGUUUGUUUUUUGGAAGUUUAUUUAACUUAUUUUCAUAUAUGAUGAUUUAUAAAGUUUGGGACAUUAAUACUUCGAAAGAUUUGGAAUUUAAUGUAUAUCUCAAUAAUGAAGACGAAACCAUAUAUAAUGAAUAUAAAUUAGGUAUUAAGUAG